AUGUUGCGCCAAACUUUACUGGUAACAGUAGUAUACCUGUUAGUAUUACAGACCUGUUGCGAUAUCGUAACCCGCCGUCGUCGGUCGGACAGUAAUGGAGGAUCGGCUGCUACACAGGACGUAUUGGCAGGGGACGGUGGCAGUAGUGGCAGUAGUAAGGGGGGCAAGGGAGAUCCCAGCAAAGCUGGCGGAGGGGACUACUCAAAGUUCUAUAAAGACAUCAUGGAAAACCUGAAGGGAUUUCUACCUAAACCAGACAUGAACAACGAUAAUGACGACAGUGAAGAGGACUUCAGCGAUGAAGAUGACGAUGAUAGUAGCGAUGAGGAUCAAAUGGACUGGGCCUCUAUCUUUGCUGGGUUUUCUGACAAGUACAUGAAUGGAACAAACAGCCAGGGUUUUAACGAUAAAGAUAGCACGAACCAGACCCAGCAGCAGCAACAGAACGACACAAUAUCUCAGGCUUUCGCCAAGUACUUCAAAGGAUAG